AAUUGACUUUUGAGUAUAUGUCAACACUGGUUUAAGUCGUGUCAACACAAAAACAGACUUUUCAUCAGGACUUUUCUUGCAUUUUAUCCGCAUUAAAAAUGGUCCGAUCUGUGUUUGCCGAUACCUCAAUCGAAAAGUAUUUGGAUAAUCUAAUUGAACACAAUGAAUUCUCUUACGGAAUUAUCAUCGGUCAGGCAACACGACAAGGAAAGGAUUCUGUCAUACACCUAGCUAAAACGUCGGAAGGCUUACCAAAUGAUAAUUCAGAUGAUUCAUCAAAGGAUUCGACAGUGCAACAGUUGGAAGUCGUAAAUGUCAAAGGCAUUAAUUCCGAGGUGUUAGUUGAUCAUGCAUUGAGUGUUUUGCGAAUGAUACCCGGAAGUUUUUUCGUGCUUGGAAUUUUUGUUGCAUCGCCACAAAACGUCUUUGACAAUUCAGAGGACUUUAAACAUUUGAAGACAGUACUACAGCAGUUGGUUGAAGUUCUAAAAACUGAGAACACCAACAAUUAUGGCUGCAGUGAUGAAUUCGAUGGCGGAGAAAAACUCAUUUUUCACUAUGCUGGAAAACGUUCGUCCACUUGUAAAACCACCAAUGUCUAUGACCUCAGUAAAUCUGGUGGUGGUAAACCAGUCGAUUGGAAAUUUCAAGAUAAAGCAACGCAAUGGCAAGAAUUCGAAACUAUCUACGAUAUGGACGAUAUUUAUAACUUGCAGAAGUCCGCUGAUGCAACCUACGAUAUUGAGGAGAACUUUGAUGUAGCCCUGAAGAGCAUACAAACAAAGUUAAACGCAAGCGUUGUAUUCCUGGAUGGAGAAGAACCGGUGACCAAUCCAACCGACAGUGUUGAGCAAUUCCUGAAGCAAAAGAAAAGUCGAGACAAAGACGUAAACACAUCCACCGUGCACGGCAGCAUUUACUACUUAUGUGUAAGCUGCACGAUCACACUAUUCGAUGUGAAUUCACAAUCAAUUUUAAAACAAUUUGCAUUUGACCAGGAUAAAAUUGACGAUAACGAUCGAGUCAUUAAAUACAAUGGCACUGCUAACUAUUCUGGCAUAGUAUGCUCCAAAGUGUGGGUGGCCGGUAAGCAACCAAUUGAAGAUGUGGAAAAGUUUAUCAAAAUCGACAUCUUGAGAUCGGUAACUAGUCGACUGCGUAUGUAUGUCGAUGCACAUCAUCAAUCUGGUCAGUUUACACUCGUUAGUGAGCCACCUCGUCGAGUGUUCUUCAAACUUAAAUCUUCGCCGGUCAUGUUUUCCGAUUAUUUAUUCCGUGGCGAAAGUCAUGAUACGAUUAUUACACAAGCACAGACUCACAUGGACAUUCAUUUGGAUAAACAGAAUAUUGUCGAUGAUAUUGAGACUAUGUCUGAUGAAAUUUGUUAUGAGGAAGACAUACCCGUUGAAAAUGUUGGUAAGAAACCUACUACUACGCCCAAAAAAUCAAACAAUCGUGUAAUUUAUGCAAUGGGUAUAAUGUGUGCAGUCGGAAUUUUACUUAUUUCUGUUGGAGUUCAUGUGCUACUGAAUUCAGAUAAUGAAGAAAAUUAAGAAUAAAGGAACUUUUGCAUGGAAAAACGAUUGGACUAUUGUGAUGUAAA